AUGAUCGAGCGUUGGCACCGCACCUUUAAGGCAGCGAUCAUGUGCCAUAAUACGCCGAAUUGGGUGGAGGUCCUCCCGACAGUUUUGCUCGGGUUGCGCACCCAUGUGCGUAUGGACACUAAAGCCUCCCCGGCCGAAUUCCUUUACGGCACGGUUCUACGGAUCCCGGGAGAAUUUUUCCUCCAGGAGGAUUUUACACCGGAUCCCCAAAUUUUUAUAGAUGACUUUCGACAGCACAUGCGUCAGGUGAAGCCAGUACCGGUGGCACACCACUAUAAAAAGCGCGUUUUCCGAUUCAAGGAAUUGUCUGUCUGUUCGCACGUCUUCCUCCGCAAGGACGCGGUCAAAAAACCUCUAGAGCGACCGUAUUCAGGCCCCUUCAGGGUAAUUGAAAGGACGUCGGGCAAAGUCUACUCGAUCGAGAUAAACGGCAGACCUACAGCCGUUUCGGUCGAACGUCUUAAGCCUGCUCAUUUCGUACCGGACGACGCUCUAGCCCCUGGCAAUCCGUCUACGUCCGACGCUACAGACACGCCUCCUGCUUCGUCAAGCGUUCAACCGGGUACCUUGAAAACGUAUACGGGCCCGAAAAAAAAGGUACAAAUUAGGCUAGACAAAAACACCGUACGUUUAUUCCCUCGCUAG